CUGCAUGUCAUGACGUCACGACACCUCCAGGAAAGAGAAACGGCUCGUCCAUGAUCACCUCUCAGGCUGAUGAGUGACUGGAGUUAAACGUUAGAUGGAGAUACUGAACUUAAACCAGUGAAGACUCGAGUUGACCUUUAGUUUGAUACUUUAGUAUCUAAAGUUUGAGCUGCUCUGCAGAGUCGAAGUGUUGUUGGGGACAAACACGAUGUCUGCCUCUGCUAUAUUUGUGCUGGAUCUGAAGGGGAAGGUGCUGAUAUGUCGGAACUACAAAGGCGAUGUGGACAUGGCGGAGAUCGACCACUUCCUGCCUUUACUCAUGCAGAAUGAAGAGGAAGGGCUUCUCUGCCCUGUAAUGUCACACGGCAGCAUCCACUUCAUGUGGAUCAAACACAGCAACCUGUACCUGGUGGCCACGACAAACAAGAACUCCAACGCCUCCCUCGUGUACUCAUUUCUAUACAAACUAGUCGAGGUGUUCACAGAGUACUUCAAAGAGCUGGAGGAGGAGAGCAUUCAGGAUAAUUUUGUGGUUGUCUACGAGCUGCUGGAUGAGCUGAUGGAUUUUGGAUUCCCUCAGACUACCGACAGCAAGAUCCUACAGGAAUACAUCACUCAGGAAGGUGCCAAGCUCGAGGUGGCAAAGUCCAAAGUGCCGACCACCGUCACCAACGCUGUCUCCUGGAGGUCAGAGGGUAUCAAAUACAAGAAGAACGAGGUCUUUAUCGACGUCAUCGAGUCCAUCAACGUACUGGUGAAUGCCAACGGCAGUGUGAUGAGCAGCGACAUCGUAGGCAGCAUCAAGCUGAAAACCAUGCUCUCUGGGAUGCCUGAACUGCGGCUGGGCCUCAAUGAUCGAGUGCUCUUCGCUCUCACUGGACGUGACAAGGGAAAGACGGUGGUGAUGGAGGACGUGAAGUUCCACCAGUGUGUCCGUCUCUCGCGCUUCGAGAGUGAUCGAACGAUCUCCUUCGUUCCUCCAGACGGGGAGUCUGAACUCAUGUCCUACCGCAUCAAUACCCACGUGAAGCCUCUGAUAUGGAUUGAAUCAGUCAUAGAGAAAUUCUCUCACAGCAGAGUGGAAAUCAUGGUUAAGGCAAAGGGACAAUUUAAAAAACAGUCUGUGGCAAAUAAUGUGGAAGUGAGGGUCCCUGUCCCCAGCGAUGCCGACUCGCCCAAGUUCAAAACCAGCACAGGCAAUGCUAAAUAUGUGCCUGAGAAGAACAUGGUGGUGUGGACCAUCAAGUCUUUCCCUGGAGGUAAAGAGUUUCUAAUGAGAGCUCAUUUUGGUCUGCCGAGUGUGGAGAACGCUGAGCUUGAGGGCAAACCUCCCAUCACCGUCAAAUUUGAAAUCCCAUACUUCACAGUCUCAGGAAUACAGGUGCGAUAUAUGAAGAUCAUUGAGAAAAGUGGUUACCAGGCUUUGCCAUGGGUCCGGUACAUUACGCAGAGUGGAGACUACCAGCUGAGGACCAAUGUGUAAGGGAUUACUGUAUUCCUCACUUCCAGGACGUCUAGAGGAACAUCAAUACUGAUCACUUUAACUGGACUGAAAUGUCUUUAAAUUUCACCUGCUCUAUUUAAUGUCAGCAAUCUUGUUUUAUGAAAUCUGUGUGCAGAUUGAUUUUUAAUGUUUAUAUUGUAGGACCACUGCAAAUUAUUUAAUUAAAUGAUUCCUUUAAAACAAA